UACUUAAAACUACAAGUUUUGCAGAGAUUAUUAAUAUAUUUCAUACGUCUUUCUUUCUUUUUUAAAUAUACCGUGUCCGUGCUCAAUCGGUCACUAAAAGGGCAGCCUGGUGCACUAAUUAAGCUCCCGCUAAUAGUGUCACACGUCUUUCUUUCUUUUUUAAACAUAUUGUCCAUGCUCAAUCGGUCACUAAAAAGGCAGCUCGAUGCACUAAAUUCCCGUUAUACGCGAGGUCCGAGGAAAGGGAGAACCAGAAAGAUUUAGUAUUCGUGCUCAAUCAGUCACUACUAUAUAAAUAUAAAAUAAAAAGAAGGAUUACUCUUUUUCUCCUCAAUACUCUCUUAUAUACUCCAUAUAAAAGUCACAUUAGCUAUUCAAGAACUUUGAGACUCUCUUGACAACCAAAAACACAAAAAGAUGUCAAGUAACUCAAGCCCACUAGAAAUAGACACUUCAUUUUCACAUUCCAACUUCUUCUUUUUCCAAGAUCAAUCACCAAUUUUACAAUGGGAUGAUGAUCUUUUCUUCAAUAAUCCAUGGUUUGAUGAUGAUCAAUCACCAAUACCAUAUAACUCAGAGAAAGAUGAAAAUCAUCAAAUAUUUGAAGAAUCCUCAGACAAUACAAUUAUAUCAAAAGGAAGCACUAGCCAUGGUCAAGAAUUAGAAGAGGUAACAUCCCAAGAAGAAAAAGAAAAAGAAAAAGAAGAAGAAGAAGAAAAGCAUUAUAUAGGAGUUAGAAAAAGGCCAUGGGGUAAAUAUGCAGCAGAAAUAAGAGAUUCAACAAGAAAUGGAAUUAGGGUUUGGUUAGGAACAUUUGAUACAGCUGAAGAAGCUGCUUUAGCUUAUGAUCAAGCUGCAUUAUCAAUGAGAGGUCCUUGGUCUCUUCUUAAUUUUCCAUUGGAAAAAGUUAAGAAAUCACUUGAAAAAAUUGAGUAUUCUUGUAAAGAUGGAUUGUCUCCUGCUGCUGUUCUAAAAGCUACUCAUAAAACAAGGAGAGUGAAGCAUAAGAGAAGUAGUAGAAAGAAAAAGAAUAAAGAAAAUCAUAAUGUUCUUGUUUUUGAGGACUUGGGGGCUGAAUUAUUAGAAGAGCUUUUAAUGACUUCAUUGUAACAUUCGUGUCAAAGGUAUUGGGUUCAGUUUGCUGGAAGAACGGAGAAAUUAGUUCGUCAUAGCAUUCGUGUCGAAGGCACUGAGUUUAGUUUUCCUGAAAGAUUGAAGAAAUUAUCUCUCAUCCGCUUUCGGUUAGUGUUUACUGAUGAGUUAUUAAUUACUCGCUAUCUGACAGAAAAAUAUGACUCGAAGAAUUUCAUCCAUAAAAAAAGCACGGGAAGGAAGACGAUCAGAAUCUCAUGAUCUAUGAGUUUAACUGACCCUUUUAAUCCAGUUCAUAUAAUGUCUUUCUCGGGAGCUAGAGGAAAUGCAAUAAAACUUGCUCUUUUUUAUUUUGUUUUAUUUUUCAAUUCUUGGUUUUUUAGGAAUUGGGAGUUUAGUUUUUAGAACUUUUGAUGGUGCAAUCUCAGAAAUAAUGUUUCGACUUGUUUGUGCAUAUAAAUUUGCCUUUUUUAUUUA